CCCCAUUGGUGACCGAUGCGGGCAUGUAUUUGUUGAAAGGGGUGCUUACCGCCGGCGUGCACGUAUUGGGCGGGGUGCAGUCCGGCGUCCAGGCCGUGCACCACACUACCGGGCUACCUUGGUGGGCCACGAUUGCCGUGGCAACGAUCGGCGUGAAGAUUUCGCUGCUGCCCGUGGUGGUGUACCAGGCGGGGCAUAUGGACCGCAUGAGAGCGGCUUGGCCAGAGAUACAGAUCUUGAGGAGCUACCUCGCCACAUCCCUAGAAGAGGGUCUCGUGUCUCGACCGAUUUUCCUCGUCCAACCACCGCGCCUCUGUCACCACCGACGCUGCCAGAUACCCCAGCAGCGCGUGCUAGAACGAUGGCGAAAGUACAAGGUCUUCUUUUCGGGCGCUCGCGGGAUAUUAGGGCUGCACGGGACCCACUUACGGGGGAUGUUCGCGACACCGCUGGUCAACUUGCCGGUGUUCAUUACGUUCGUCUGGUCGAUCCGGGGGAUGCUGCGAGAUGGAACAGCGCCGGGCUUGGAUACAGGCGAGGCCGUUACUGUAGCGCCUGCGACGAAGCUGGGAGGAAUUCUCUGGUUUGUGGACCUGACGGUGCCGGAUUCAAGCCUCAUGCUACCAAUCAUUGGAACGCUGUGCACUUACACAAGCUUGGAGAUAGUCAAGAUGAAGGGCGCCACGGGAUGGAUAAAGCUUGAGCGACUAGCUGUAACCCCCUCACCCCGCCUCUUCACCCGUCGUCAUGAUCAGGGCGUGUUCAUGUACUGGAUACCUUCUUCACUAUUCCAGAUGGGUCAGACGUACACCAUGAAGAACAACAAGGUGCGCGAACUCCUCGGUUUGAAGCCGCUGGGUCUCCCGCCCAGGGAAGACGCCGGCGCCACGCCAGCACCAGCACCAGCAACAGCGCCAAUACCAGUACCACCAGCAGCACCGAAAGCCCUCGGAGGCUAGCACCGAAAGCCAUAUGAGGCUACAGGACGUCAGGAGCAGAGAUCGGGGUUCUCGGAAUGGAGC